AUGGGUAGAAUGAGUCCUACUCCUACAUCUCACGAUUCUAAUUCGCCAUCAUCUGAUGACGUCAUCAUGUCAGGACAUCAAAAUCCCACAGAAAUCUCGGCUGAGAAACUUAAAAGAUUAGCUUUCAAAGACCGAGCAAUUGGCCAGCAACUGAUGAAGUAUUGUUGUUGUUGGGUCGAGGAAACUAAGCACUCAUCUUGUGUUGAUUUGUACGGGGAGUUUCUAGUUACCAUUAACAACAGUGUUAUGUUACUGUACUAUGUAGCUGGCUCCUACGUAAUAUCCUCAGUUGUUCUCUUCCUCUGCCCCCAACUCCUUCAUAAACCAGGCCGCGUUACCUUCCCCUCCCGCUUCCAAGCGCAUCGCGGUGGGGGCGGAGAAUGGACGGAGAAUACCAUGUCCGCGUUUAAACAGGCUGAACUGAUUGAUGUGGAACUGUUCGAGCUGGAUGUGCAGAUGACGCGGGAUGGGGAGGUGGUAGUGUGUCACGAUGAUAAUCUAGCGCGCGUGUGCGGCGUGGACGAGAACAUCUCCCAACAUCUUCUGUCCACCUUACCUCUCUGUCUUAAGGAAAUGGAGGUCGCCUGCGAGCCGGGAGAGUUUAUGAGAUGCGAGGUACAGCAGCCACUGGUUAGAUUGGAGGAUCUCUACAAGAAGUUCCCUACUGUACCGAUGCAGAUGGACCUGAAGCCUGGUGGAGACGAACUUAUCCGCAAAGUAUCAGAUAUGACGAAGCAGUACAACAGAGAGCAUCUCACAAUUUGGGGAGCAUUUAGUCAUCAUACCACUUCGCUGUGUAGGGAGCAUAACCCUAACAUAUUGUCGUUCUGUAGUAUGAUGGAAGUGUCAAUUUACUCCCUACUCAUGCUAAUCGGGCUCCUACCCUGGAUUCCACUGAAAGCUGACUUCUACCAAAUACCAAUCCCUAAUAUCAGCAACAAAAGUGGUUUUCUCUCCACCUUUCCUAAGUGGUUCUGUCAUCUUAUUACUCCCAUCAUGUGCAAUCCAUUGUUACUCUGGCAUCUAGAAAAACGAGGAGUAAGAACCGGAGCCUGGGUACUUAACCAUCUUUGGAAAUAA